AUGGAUUUGGAUACAGGAGCUACAAGACACAUUUGCAGGAACAAAAGUUAUUUCCAAUCCUAUACUCCCAUUGAGGAAGCCGGAGAGACUGUUGUUUUCAAAUAUCCGGCGGUGUUCAACUUUGGAGAUUCCAACUCCGACACGGGUGGGCUUAUUGCAGCAGGGAUCGGCGACCGUCUUGAGCCGCCCAACGGACAGACAUACUUCCUCAAGCCGUCUGGUCGAUUCUGCGAUGGCCGUCUCAUCAUUGAUUUCCUAAUGGAUGCAAUGGGCCAACCGUCUCUAAAUGCCUACUUGGACUCUGUUGGAGCACCAUCUCUCAGCAGGGGUUGUAAUUUUGCAGCUGCAGCCUCUACUAUACUCCCACCAACAGUAACAAUGACUAUCAGUCCAUUUUCAUUUGGGGUUCAGGUGACUCAAUUCCUUCAAUUCAAAGCUCGUGUUCUUGACUUGCUGUCUAAAGGCAAGAAACUAAAUAAAUACCUUCCCCAGAAAAAUUAUUUCGAGCAGGGGCUUUACACGUUUGACAUAGGCCAGAAUGAUGUUAAUAGUGCAUUUUACUCUAAGACAGAGGAUCAAGUUAUUGAUUUUAUUCCAACCAUUUUGUUGGAGUUUGAAGCUGGAAUUAAGAGGUUAUAUGACCAAGGGGCAAGGAGGUUUUGGAUCCAUAAUACUGGUCCUCUAAGAUGCUUAGUUCGAAAUAUUGCCAUAUUUGGAAAAGAUCCAUCUAAGCUUGAUGAGCUAGGAUGUGUCAGCUCGCUUAAUCGUGCUGCUGAUCUUUUUAAUUUGCAGCUUCAUACUCUCUGUAAAAAAUUACAGGGACAGUUUCUAGAUGCAAAUUUCACUUAUGUUGAUAUUUACUCAAUAAAGGCCAACCUUAUCGCCAAUUAUUCUCAAUAUGGGUUUCAACAACCAAUAAUGGCUUGCUGUGGGUAUGGAGGUGCACCAUUGAACUAUGACAGUCGGAUCUCCUGUGGCCAGACGAAGACUUUGAAUGGGAGCUUAGUUACAGCCAAAGGUUGCAAUGAUUCAACUAAAUAUGUAAACUGGGAUGGAAUCCACUACACUGAGGCUGCAAAUCAAUUUGUCUCAACUCAAAUACUGACUGGAAAAUAUUCUGACCCACCUUUCUGAGGGGCCAAUUUGCUUC